AUGGAGGAAAUGAAGACACCAAUAAACAUAUCAGCAGACAGCAGCUGGUUAUCUGACUUGGAAAUGGUGGAUGAAUACAUAUUGCUUGAUAAGGACUGCAACUUGAAGUCGAACUCGAACUUUCUUGAUCUCGAAGAUGAACAAGAGUUUCUAUCACAUGAUAUAGCUAGUGUCUUUGCCUUUGAGGAGCAGAGAGAGACCAUGCGUCAAUGUUUAGAUACAGAAUGUAUUUCCACAACUCUUACUGAAACAUUUACAGAUGAAACCAGUUUUGAGUCUUUUGAUAACUUUGAUUUUGAUUUUGGAAAACCAACUAAACAGAUGAAAAUAAUUGAUUACAGUGACAAUGAUAACAUCACCGGAAAAAAAAAUUAUCAGUUGCCUCAGAUCUUGUCUUUUGACAAUCCAAACCCGACAGAGUUUUGUGCGUAUAUUCAAAAACAAAACGAAACAGUGACUUCGGCUUCAUUGGAAAGCAGAAAAUUUUCGGCUCAAAACUCGAAAGAGUCUUCAAAAGCAUCACGAGCUAGGAGGUCUCCAGCUCAUAUAAAAGAUCACAUUAUGGCGGAGAGAAAGAGAAGAGAGAAGCUCAGCCAAAGCUUCAUUGCUCUUGCCGCUCUCAUUCCGGACUUAAAGAAGAUGGACAAGGCUACUAUAUUAUCAGGGACAAUCAAAUACGUCAAAGAGCUUAAGGAACGUUUGGAGAGUUUAGAAGAGAAGAGAAAGAAACCAAAGGCAGAUCAGUCGACGGUCACUCCAAUCAAACCAGAUGUUGAGCAUUAUUCAUCAUCUGAGGAGAGUACUGAAACUGAAAGUGCUGCUGAUGGUACUUCCACUGAAUCUUUCUUCAAGAUGGAAGCAAAAGUUUCAGAGCAACACAUGUUGAUUCGGAUCCAUUGCCAAAAGCAUAAUGGUCUUCUUGUUAAAAUCAUCUCCGAGAUUCAAUGUUUUGAAUUAUUUGUUGUCAAUAACAGUGUUCUAGCUUUUGGAGAUUCUAUCCUCGACAUUACCAUCAUUGCUGAGAUUGGUGAAGGCUACAACUUGACUAUAAAAGAACUCGUCCACAACCUACGUUUGGCCGCAUUGAAGUUUAUGUCAGCGUAA